CCACCGUGCCUAGGCUCGGCGCCUGCGCAGUGCGCCCCAAACGAAUAGACGGAGAGACGGGGCUGGCGCCUCCGCACCGUACAACCACGACCGGGCCAAAAACGGAUUAAAACAACGACCAACAGCACUGUCCACCGGCCGUAAACCCAUCGAGUCCCGCCGAACAUACACCGGUAAAUAGCGGGACUGAAGUUGGGAGGAGUAGGAGGCAGGCGGGUGUCGGUAGACCAGCAGCCCUGCCUGUCCGUCCGCCUGCAGACGGUUUGAAUGUAACGAGGAGUCAAAGGACAACAUGAUGUCUGUGAGGUGGAGCUGUCUCCCUGUCCCAUCAGUCCUGAUCCUGGUUGUGGUCCAGGUCCUGGUCCUUGCACGCUCAGUGUCAGCGGCUCGCUCUGACAGGAAUAUGGUGUCGGAGGAGAAUGUGGGCGCUACCGUGAACGCCACAGUGCUGGAUGGGCGAGGAAACACCAUCCACGUGAUGAGCAGCGAUGACGGGACAUAUGGACAGAACUCACCAAAGGUCGACACCCGGGGAGUUGUCAUUGCUCCUGCACCACAUCACGGAGUGGUGGACCGGCAGGGCUGUGACCCCGGUACUCGUUUCCUGGUUCCUCAUCGGAGUGUCCACUGGGUUGCACUGCUGCAGAGAGGAAACUGCACCUUUAAGGAGAAGAUCCUGAAGGCAGCAGCCUACAAUGCCACAGCCGUCCUCAUCUACAACAACUCCACUGACCAGACUGUCAAGAUGGGACACGAAGGUACUGGUGACACGGUGGCGGUGAUGAUCACGGAGGUGUACGGUAAAGAGAUCCUGGCUCACCUGGAGAGAAAUUUGACAGUCCUGGUGUCUGUGGUUGUGGGUCAACGUGGUCCAACCAAGAACAUCAACCGAGGCUCUCUGGUCUUUGUCUCCAUCUCCUUCAUCGUCCUCAUGAUCAUCUCGUCGGCCUGGCUCAUCUUCUACUUCAUCCAGAAGAUCCGCUACACCAGCGCCCGCGACCGCAGUCAGCGUCGCCUUGGUGAUGCAGCAAAGAAAGCCAUUGGGAAGUUGACAACGAGGACGGUGAAGAAAGGAGACAAGGAAACUGAUCCAGACUUUAACCACUGUGCGGUGUGUAUUGAAGCCUACCAGCUGAACGAUGUGGUUCGCAUCCUGCCCUGCAAACAUGUCUUCCAUAAAAUGUGUGUGGACCCCUGGCUGAACGAGCACUGCACCUGCCCCAUGUGUAAACUCAACAUCCUCAAAGCUCUCGGCAUCAUGACCAGUCUUCCCUGUGUGGACAGCGUAGUGCUGGACGUGGAGCGCCUGGGCGUCAGUCAGGCAUCAGGCAGCCAGAGGGCGCCACUGGGCGACAGCAACCAGCCGUCCAUCAGCCUGGAGCCACUCAGCCCCCCCCACCCUGAGGCCACACCCAGAACACCAGCUGACAUCACCAUCGCUGUGACCAGUGGCGGUCACUUCUUCAACAGGAACUCAAUGUCUCCUCGCAGUGUCGCCUGUGAAAUGGAGCUGCCGGACAUCCAGGCUUCGCUUGACCUCUACGACGACAACAAGUCCUGAGACCCAUCAGCAUGGUUAUGACCCCCCCACCACCACCACUCCCCGGCUGCCACCACCAUCAUCACCGCCACCACCUGCAGAUGGACAGAGAACCUUUUAUGGACACAGGAAGUGAUGACAAAGUGUUUUCUGUUGGGAGGGGGUUCUGACAACAAAAACAACAAAAACAUGGAAGAGCUUCUAAACCCCAGUUAUUCAAUCAGCUGUCAUCAGACUUGACAUGAACUCUGGAUCCUCAUUUUGAUCCUGGACUUAGCUUAGAUUGAUUUUUAUUUUGACCAGAAGAUUAAACACAUUGGAGGACUUGGAGCUUGUGGUCAGGUCAAAUAGUCAGAAAUAUGUUUUAAAGCAAUUCAUCCAGAGAACGGAACUCCAGAUCAAAAUCCAACCCAGGAAACAGUUUUUGUUAGUGUUGAGCUCUUGGGAACGUUUUGGUGUACCACAAAGCACACUUGUUUUCCUUGGCAGGGAUUCUGGGAGAAUUUGUGAGUUCCUAAAAAGAUUCUUUGUUCCCUGGUAAACUUCCUGAACUCCUUCAGGUCUUAAGUUCUUUAAAGUUUCUGGGAAAGUUUCAGGGCAUCUUACAAGGAUUCUGGAGCAGUUCUUGAGUUUCUAAAAUGUUCUUCUAAAACGUUCCUAGAUUCUUAAAGAGGUUCGUCGGUUCUGAAAAUGCUCCUGGGUGCUUGAAAAGGACAUUUAAAAGUUCCAUAAAGUUCCUAGGCUCCUGGAAGACUUCCAAAGAUCCAAAAGAGUUUCGUGGGUUUCAUGAACACCCUCCCAUUUAGUGGAUUUUCUUCUUGGACGUUCCUUACCCCUUUCAAGGUACUUGGAAUCCUGAGAGGGGUUUCUGUAAAUGUUCUGAAGUAUCAAAAAGGUUCUUGGGUUUAGAACUUCCUUAUCCUAAACAAGGUUCCAGGAAAUACUCCUGAGCCUGAAAGGUUUCUGAAAAUGUUGUUGAGGAUUCCAUUGUUCCUGGAAAAUGUGUCUAAAAGACUAGCUGACCUGAAUCUAAAUCGACCUUAAAGCUUCAGGACCAAAAUCAGAACAAACCUGGAGAUCCUGAAGCCAGAAAUGGUUCCUGUCAGUGUUUUCUGUUCUGCAUUCAGUCAGUCUUAUCUCUGUUACCUGACUCCUGGUUGGCUCGCUGAAGAUUACUAAUGGACUCCAGUCAGAGUUUGGAGUCUGUCUGAAGACCUGGACCUGGAUCAGAACUAUAAAAUAUUAAACUCCCUGUCCUGGAAACCAGGACCAAAGGAAGACCUGGGCCCAGAUCAGUAGAUUUUGGAGGAAACAAUCAUAUGAACAGUGUUAACUCCCCUAUAGCAGAAAACAAAAACUGUCUCUGCAUAGAACAAAGAGACGGUAGAUUUAAAGGAACAGUCCAACAGUUUGGUAAAGCUCAAGUUCUCUAUGUUCAGAGACAUGUGGAGUCUCGGGGACAUGUCCUGGAUCCUUUCUUGUUCUUAAUUGAAAGGGUCACUUCAACAUGUAUUCAAAAUUUUUGUUCUCCAGAGUCAGACAAGAAGACAGGUAGCCUAGCUUAGCGCAGAUACUGGAGGCAGGGGAAAUGAGAAAACUACCCUAACCCUACUAAACCCAGCAACACCAGUCUGUCUGAUUUUUAUCUCGUUAGCUAACCAGUUCUUCAUUUGUCUGACAGUAGAGUCAGGUCUGUGAGCCAAUCACAAGAGUCACCUGCAGUGAGGUGAGUCACUGCCUGCCACAAACAACUUUCAUCAUGUUUUAAUUCUGUUUUUCAGAAGUCGAGUUUCAUUCCAAAUGAAGAUGAAGUUAAAGAAAAUAUUCACAUAAACUGACUGUUAUGUGACUGUGAGUUGGUUAAAGGAGAUACACAGCAGGUGGAGCCAAUUCUUCAUUGAAGAAUAGAAGAAGAAGCAGAAGAAGACAACAAAUCGAAGUCAACAGUCAUGCACAUUUCUGUCUGGUUACUCUGUUAAUGUGAUGAAGGUUAAAGUCUCCUCAUCAUCGCUCCACACCCAUGUUUUUCAGCUAAUCACUGGAGGUGUUGACUGACGUGAGUCAUGACAUCAGUGAUUCACUCAGUCCGUUUGAACCACCUUUACACUUCACACAGUAAACAUUUACAGUUUUAAUGUGCAGUUAAACUCAUUUCAGUUCAAAUGUUCUUACAGGUGGACGGAAACUCGCCUUCAGGACAAAUUUCUGCUGUCAGUCAAAUAAAAGCCGUUCAGACAGAACAUGAAAUGAAUUACAGUCAGUAGAACUUCAUCUCUAGUGUUUUUUAUAAAAAUGUUUUGAACUAAAAGUAUUUUAAUGUUAGUGAGGUGUGAAAACAUCUUUUUUUUCCGCACUUUAAGAGACUGUCUCCAUUAGUCGCUGCAGAAACAAACCAGGGUGUAAUCAGUUCAUGUUUUACCUACAAACACGAGUGAAAAAUUCUGCUGUUUCAUCAAACAGCAUCAAGUUCAGACUGUGUUGGUGUCUUCCUGCAGCUGACUGCUGCUGACAUGUCUCCCCAGAGAAUGGGAGGCUCUCCUGAAGUGACGGACUGCUCCUUUCACGUGUAUUGAACAGCUUUCGAUUACUCAGCGUGUACUAAUCAGCUCCAGUGACGGGGCUCAAUAUAUAAACAGCAUUAUACAAUCUAUAACCUGACCAAUCGAUCAAUAUUAUAAGUGACCUGAACAUGUCUGUCCUUGUCUGUCUGUCUGUCUUUGUCUCUGUGUCACAUGGUACUGAUGAUGAUGAAGGAGGAUGUGUGUGAUGCUUCACUUCACUGUGUCUCUUACUGCCUCAGCAUUAAAGUGUCAUUAUUGCCUUUAA